AUGUUUCCGGAAGUAAUAAACCGCGUGGAGCCCCCACAGAUGGAGUGCAUUUUGACUAACGAGCAGACAGGAAAUAUGUCCCCUGUGGAGUGCGCGCGCAUUGCAGCAAGGGCACACAAGAUGGUGCGACAGAACAUCCAAUCAGUCAUCCAGCCAGGCAUGACUUUACUGGAAAUUGCAGAGUUCAUUGAAAAUGGAACAAGAACUGUUUUGGGGCAGGGGUACAACAAAGGGAUAGGAUUCCCAACAGGCCUCUCCUUGAACAGCUGUGCAGCUCAUGACAGCCCAAACCCAAAGUCACAGCCUGUUGUUCUAACAGCAAAUGAUGUUCUAAAGGUAGACUUUGGUACGCACGUAAAUGGGUACAUUAUUGACUCUGCAUUUACUGUGUGCUUCAACCCAGAUUACAAUAACCUGCUGCUUGCAGCCCGUGAAUCUGUCUAUGAGUGCUUGAAGAUAGCAGGACCAGACGCACAGAUCCGGGAGAUUGGGGAAAAGGCAGAAGAGAUUAUUCGCAGCUAUGAAAUAGAAAUUGGUGGGAGACCUGUUCCCAUCAGGCCAGUGACCAACUUAAACGGACACUCCAUCAACCAGUAUAAAAUACACGGUGGAAAGUACGUCCCAAUUAUUAAGAACUCCGGUAACAAGUCAAGAAUGCAGCCGGGCGAGUUCUUUGCAAUUGAGACCUUUGCAACCACAGGAAGUGGAUAUGUGAAUGAGAAGGGCGACUGCUCUCAUUAUAUGAUUAACAACCCGCAUGCGCACUCUGCACUUGAGGGGGGCAAAUCCCUGAUGAAGUACAUUCAGAACACUUUUACAACCCUUCCCUUCUGCAAGAGAUAUAUUGACCAAGUAGAAAAUAAGUCAUCCGACACAUACAUCAAGUAUCUUACUAAAAUAGGGGCCAUAGAAGACUAUCCCCCUUUGUAUGACUCGCCUGGUUCUUUAGUUGCCCAGUUUGAGCACACUCUGUUUGUGAACGAGUCAGGCAUUGAAGUACUCUCACGUGGUGAUGAUUAUUAA